ACACGUCACGUUGCUUGGUAACCAAAGCUAAUGGUUGGUCAGUAAAAAUAUCCCCAGACGCAAAAACAUUCGACAUGAAUAAACCACUUUUGCUGGCGCUACUGUUGGACAGCGCAAGUGAUGCAACUCCGUGAAAGGUUUUUGUUCGGCCACUUGUGCAAUACGAGCCAACGUGCGACUGAAUAAUAAGUGACGGACGGGAUCAGUAUACUCUGUCUUCUUUGGAUCAGUUUGUGAAUCUUUAUAUCUUUGUUUGGAGAAGGACUACGUUUAACAUGUAUGUUUAAAAUCAGAAUGGGAGAUGACAAUGUCAUUGCCCGACUCGGCAGUGUGAAGGCUCUUGGGAUUGUAGCAGGGGCUGGAGCUUCCUAUGGCAUUUAUAAACUAGUGUUUGGUCGUGUAGAUGGUAAAGCGAACAGAUUAAAGUCUGGUAAAAGUGUUGCUGUACAACCUGGAAGUUUGAUGGCUAAAGUGGCCGGAUUUAAAGUUGUCAGCAAAACUGAUCAUUUGGAUCCAUCUGCAGAUACGGACUCAAGUGAUGUUCAUUCAAGAUCUGCUGCAAGCCUGGAACCAAGACAUCUGAGUAUGCUCCUCUCUUUGCUGCAUAGCAGUCCAAACCCAGAAGAACGGCGAAACGUUCUUGUAACCUUAGGAAAUGCUGCUGCUUUUACAGUAAACCAGGAUCUUCUGCGAGAAUUUGGAGGCCUUCAUAUUAUAGCAAGCUUCCUUUCAGAUCCUUCACCUGAGAUUAGGGUACAGACUUUGAAUGCGCUGAACAACUUAAGUAUGAAUGUCCAUAACCAGGAGCAGUUGAAGGUGUACAUCCCUUCGGUGAUGCAGUUGAUCGAGAUGUCACCUGUGAACUCUGACCUUCAGCUCGCAGCGCUGAGAAUACUCACUAAUCUAUCAGUUACAGAUAAUCAUCAGCAUCUGAUGAAGAGUUCCUUCACACUUCUCCUGUCGCUACUCGUAGUGAGCAAUGAAGUCCUACAGAUCCAGGUCCUGAAGGUUCUAGUAAACCUUUCGUCAAAUCCAGAUUUGAUGGAUGAUAUUGUACAAGCCCAGGCACCAGCCUCCUUGAUUUUGGUGUUUGACAGCUCCACGAGCACUUCUGUUCUUCUGCGCCUCUUAUUUUUUGUGGGGAACCUGCAGGCGUGGAGACCCUCCGAGCAGGUUGCAGAAGCUCUGAGGAGGAGACAGGACUCUCUAUACUGCGUUCUGCUGGACGGCUCCUCUCAGCUCCACCGCAGGCUGGCUUUGCUCCUCUCCCACCCAGAUGAGGAGGUGAAGGCGCAGGUGGCCAGACUCCUUACGUAACCUCCAGGCUUUACUUUGCGUUUAACUGCCAGGCACUGGAUGUAUCUCACAUAAAUGUUAGUCUUGUUUUUCUGUAUAUAGAAGGUGACACAAGCUUGUUAACCUUCAGAAAUGUUCAGUGCACUAAAACCCUAUCUUAAUUACGUAGUGGAUCUGAGAUGUUAGCUACUGGAUGCUUAGUUUGCUUCCCGUGAAUAAGAAAUGAACAGGAACGGAUGACAUCAAGUGGUGGGCUGUACUAAACUAUACUUCCUCAGGCAUUUUUGCCAUGUUGUAUUUUGUAAUAGCAGACAGUUACCUCAAUGGCCUCUUUUGUGACCUUUGAGGUCAUCCACUGCCAACUGUUUACUUGCCAAGGGAAUGAAUGAAACCUGCAAGUAUUUUGUUUUGCCACACAAAGUGCUCUGAAUACCCAUCAGAUCUCUCUGCAUGUUUUAGGAACGCUUUGGAUAUGCCUUAAAAAUGUAAAUCAUUCUUUAGAAAUGCGUAAUACAAGUUUACCUGGGAAGAGAAUGCAAUCUGAUGAGGCACAUAUACAGUAUUUACUGUAUAUACAGUUGUAUUAUGUAGUAUUUACAUAUAUACUGUUAUACUGUCAUAAACUGUAGUUAUGAACCAGGAAGCCUAUUUUUACAAAAUCUAGCCAAGUUGAUAGCAUUGUUGGUACUGUGACUUUAUUUCCUAUGCUUGAAGGGAGUUUUACAAGGCCAGAAUAAUUUAAUUUAAAAUAUUUUGUUUCAUACUCUAAUAAAUUAUACAAUAUAAUUGUUGCUCCUAUGGGUGGAUGCAGAAUGAGGUGUGGGCUUUAUUUUGAAAUGCUUAAUGUAUAUCAACUUUGCGAAAAUCCCUUAAAAUAAAUAUUUAAUUUUCUAA